CUGCCCCCUUUUGGCCAGGAGCACUAACUACACCAUUUGCUACUUUAGGACACCUUUUUUUUGUUGAUGUGGCUUCCAUAGCAACCAUCUUCCGGUUACCUGUUGCAGGCUAGACCAACAUCGACGAGAGGGUACCAGGAAGAGAACUCCAUGCAACAAACAUGAACAGCCCUUUCUCAAGAGACGUCCAGGUGAAGGGCAUGGAACAGACGGUGAACCACGCGGAGAAGUACCUGGGCCACUUCUGCACCCUGCUGGCCUCCUACACCCGCAAGACAGCCAAGCUGAGGGACAAGGCCGACCUGCUGGUCACACAGCUCUUUGAGUUCUCCAGCACAGAGGACCCAGAGUUCCAGAUCGGCUUCAAGAACCUGGCCGAGGACCUGGCCAUGGUGCAGGACUAUCGGCAAGCCCAGGUCGAGAGGUUGGAGACGAGAGUUGUCUCCCCACUGAAGGGCUAUGGGGACAUCAUCAAAACGAAGAGGGCUGAGCUGAAGAAGUUCAGCGCCGAUCGCAACAGAGAGCUAAAGGAGAUUCAGAAACUGGAGAAAAUACGGCUGAGGAACCCAGCGGAUAGGCAGAGCAUUUCACAGGCAGAGGUGAGUGCGCAGAAGGCCUCCAACAACGCCCAGCGCAGCACCCGGCAGCUCGAAGACACCAUCACAGACUUCCAGAGGCAGAAGCUGGAGGACCUCAAGAGGGUCUUCACUGACUUCGUCACGGUGGAGAUGCUGUUCCACUCCAAGGCGCUGGAGGUCUACGCGCACACCCUGCAGAACCUGGAGACCAUGGACGUUUACAAGGACCUGGAGCUGUUCAACGGAAGGUUCCGGAUGUCGGACGCCAUGUCCGGGCCUCUAGACGCCAUGCUGACCAGCCGAUCCACGUCCUCCAUGAGCCCCGCUGCCAGCCCCACCAGGACGGCCUCCAUGGCCAAGAGUCUUAGUCCCAGCCUGGCCUCCACCAACAACUACAGCUUCCUGGCGUCCACCAGGGGUCAGAGCUUAGGCUCCACCCUGGCCUCCAGAAAGGGCCGCAGACAACGACAAGAACAAAACCAAGCGCCACCGGGGAGGCUCUUCCCCAGCAAACUCCAGCGUCAGAAAGGAAUGGAGGAGGAGGAAGAGGACGAGGUCGAGGAGGAAGAAGAGGAGGAGGAAGAUGACGAAGAAAUGUACGAGUCAGAGAUGGAUGAGGCUCAGCAGACCCAUAGGCAAUCUUACUCAUCUCAGUACGUCCAGAGUCGUCGACAGUUUAGAUAACAGGACUCACAGUCAAACAUGGAGGCAAAAUGACGGAUGGACACAGGCAGUAUAUGUUGCAUUAGGUUUCAUAGUUAAGGCUUUGUUGGCAAGCUUUGGAGAUCAGCCAUUAGUCUUGCAAUGGAACUGUAUGUUAUGAUCACAUUCAUUCUCUAAACUGCAUGGAUUUAUGAAUCACAGAGAAAAACCAUUGUAAAAUAAAACUGAAUUGUGCCUAAAAUGUUUUUGAAACAAUAUAAACUACUCUUUUCUUCCUGUUUAAUUGCAACAGCUGCUUCUCAUGAAUAAAAUGUUAUUAUGUUGUAGCUAGCCAGGCUGUAAAAUGUAAAA